AUGUCCUCCAACGUGACAAUGUUUCCGGGCGUCGCGCUCGUCACUGGGGCAGCUUCAGGAAUCGGCCGCCAAUGCGCCCUGGCAUUUGUCGCUGAGGGGUGCUCGCGCAUAGCCCUGAUCGACCGAGAUGAGGAUGGCAUGUCAGAGACCUCACGGCUCUGCAAGGAGACGGCGCGGCUGACGCGACCCAAGAGCACGGUGAGCACCUUCAUCAUUCCCUGCGACGUGUCACUCGAGGCCGAGGUGGCCGUGGCGCUUGACUAUGUCGUGGAGGAGUGGGGGCGCAUCGACUACGCCGUCAACUGCGCAGGCGUGGGCGGCACCGCGGGCCCAUCGCACCGCCAAGCCGUCGACGAGUUUGACCGCGUCACGGGGACCAACUGCCGCGGCACCUGGCUGUCGGCCAGGGGCGAGAUCAUCAGGAUGUUGGAUCAGGAGCCCCUCAAGACGCACGACGGCAGGAGGGGCAACAGGGGCGUCAUUGUUAAUGUUGCGAGUAAUAUGGGCCUGGUGUCGAGACCUGAGUGCCCAGCCUAUGCCGCCUCCAAGGCGGCGAUAGUAAGCCUGACAAAGAGCGAUGCCAUCGAUUAUGCCAAAGAAAAUAUCAGGAUCAACUGUGUGUGUCCUGGCAUAAUCAAAACACCAAUGACGGCAGAUAUCAGAGAUGGUGAUCCCCAAGUACAGAGAGCCCCCAUGCGACGCAUGGGCACGGCACAAGAGGUCGCCGAUGUUGUCAUGUUCCUGUGCAGCUCCAAAGCAACAUUCGUUCACGGAGCAACGAUUUGUGUGGAUGGCGGAUACACCGCAUGUUGA